ACAUCUUUUUGACGGGCAUGCCCAUUUUCUCAUCUCCUUGAACUGAGGUUCCCUAUUUCUUCUGUACAUCCAAUCAUUUAAUGACAUUAUAAAUCAAAGUAUUGGAGGCAGCAGCACAGAAAUUUGCAGAAAUUGCCAUGGCAACUACAGCUGAACCUGAGCAGUCCAGCGAAGGGAUCGAUUACAACGCGUACAAUGCCGCACUAAAUCCGAAAGUUAAGAUUGAGGAUCCCAAACUUAAAGACGCUCUCAACGGUACUACACCUGGAGGGAAAAACACCCUUCUGCAUUUAGCUGCUGGUGUAGGAAAUCUACAAUUCGUUCAACAGCUCCUGCGACUUAAUCCUCUAUUUGUGAAGGCUACCAAUGCCCAAGGAAAUACUGCGUUGCACUUGGCUGCUCAGGGAGGUUUCCCCCUCGUAGUAGAGCAUCUACUGAAACACGUUGAAAACGGUGUAGAAGUCGAAAACGAGCUGAAAGAAACAGCUCUCUUCAAAGCCUGUGAAAGCGGCGAUUCAGACACGGUGAGGCAGCUAUCCAAAGCAUGUUCGCCGAGCCUGUGGCGAAGGACGGUGGACGAGAGAACCUGUUUAUAUGUUGCAAUAAACAGAGGAGAUUCAGAUCUCGUGGAUUAUAUACUAAAGUUGCCAGAUAUACUAAAGUUGCCAGAUGCAAAAGAUUUAAUCCAAGAGAAGUACAAACAUGGAGAUACACCCUUGCAUAUAGCUGUUGGCAGAAACGACGUUCAUAUAAUAAGGCGGUUAAUAGAGAUUAAACCCCAACUUUGUUACGGUGUUAAUGAAAACAAAGAAACACCACUUUGUGUGGCAGCAAAAUUGGGGCAUCUGGAAGCAGUAAAAGAGUUGAUAAAGUGGCGGCCAGAUGCUGUUGAAAUACCAAAUAGUAAUGGAAUGAACGCGCUACACUUAGCUGCCCAAGUUAGCCAAGUGAGAAUUGUUGACUACUUGAAUGAAAAGCUAUUCUUAUUAGACUUGGUCAACAAAGGAGUUGACAAGCCUCCAGAGGAAGAGCCCCUGCGAGAUGGAGGAAGCACAGAUACGGGUGAUAAGAAAGAUCCUUUUUCAAAGAUUAGUAAAGGAGAUACGCCUCUUCACAUUGCAGCAAGGAAAAAAUGCUUCAAUAUGGUCAAGUCGUUGCUGCGUAUACGGGGGAUAAACAAAUUUGCCGUCAACAAGGAAGGCUUAACGGCCCUCGACAUUGUAAGAGAGAACACACAGUAUCACGAAUCUGACAAGAUAAUUUCAGUGCUGGCUAGUUAUCCUUCGAAACGUAAGCCGUUCUUGUACAGUGCUCCGAAGGUGAGCGCAGAGAAACACGAGGUUGCCGUAAAGAUGGUGGACAAAACAUAUGAGGACAGGCGCAACACAGAAUUAGUGGUAGCAGUUCUGUUAGCGACAAUGUCAUUUACGGCGGCUUUCACUGUUCCGGGCAGUUUUGUGACGGAGUUAGAGAAAGGAGAGUCAGAGGAUAAAUUGGGUGCCCCAAUUCUGCUUGGGUUGGACUCCUUCAAGCUUUUUCUCAUCUUUGAUUGCCUGGCAUUUUUUCUGUCGCUUUUCGUGGUGCUUCUGUGGCAGAUGAGUACACCUAUCACCACGGGAAAUAAGAUAUUGUUCGUCUGUGCCACCAACCUAUUGAUUUGUGCCACCUUUGCCUUUACGGCCUAUGGCUUCAUGGCCGCAGUGUAUGCUAUGCUUGACGGCAUGGCUCACAAGCUGGCUUGGUUCAUUCUUGGGGCGUGCUUGAUCAUUUGCGGCUGUGGUAAUUUCACCUUUUUCUACAUGGUUGCAAAGUUUUCGGUGAAGAAGGCAAGAUUUAACCACCUGAAUGGUCUACUUCCUUUUCUUCCUGAGCUUGUGGGGGAGUGCAUUUGGAUGAAACUAGAAAGAUGGGGACUUUUGGACUGGGUGCGCCUGUCCAUAAGCAAGUGGCUUUGCAUCUUUUACUGCGAUCGCAAUGAGGAUAUGGCUAAGAAAGAUGAGGCUGAGAAUGAUAAGACUGAGAAAGGUACGGCUCGGGCGAACGAUAUGGCUACGAGUAACGAACAAGGGAAAGCAGCAACAAAGAAAUUUGCUAUGGCAACUGAGCGUGAACAGGCCAGCAAAGGGAUCAAUCACGACGCGUACAAUGCCGCAGUAAACCUUAAAACAACAAUAGAGAGUUAUCGACUGAAAGCAGCUCUCAACAGUAUUACACCUGGAGGGCAAAAUACUCUUCUCCAUUUGGCUGCUAGUGUAGCAAAUAGUGCUUUAAUUAAAGAUAUCCAGCAACUCAGUCCUUCCCUCGUGAAGGCUACCAAUGCCCAAGGAAAUACUGCGCUGCACUUGGCUGCUCAGGGAGGUUUUUCUGAUGUAGUGGAGGCUCUACUCCAAUCAAAUGAAAAUGGUGUGGAUGUUCCCAACAAGCAUUAUGAGACGGCUCUGUUCAAAGCCUACGAAAGCGGCGAUUUAGACACAGCGAAGAUGCCUUUUGACCCAAUUCGUCAUGGGAUUGAACCCCAACUUUGCUACUCUGUUAAUGACAAGGAAGAAACUCCGCUUUGUGUGGCAGUGAAAUUGGGGCAUCUGGAAGCAGUACAAUUGUUGAUAAAGAAGAGGCCAGACACUGUCAAAAUACGGAAUAGUUGUGGAAUGAACGUAGUAAAUUUAGCCGCCCAAGUUAGCCAUGUGCGAAUUGUUGAUUACUUGAAUGAAAAGGUAGGUUUGUUAGACUUGGUCAACAAAGGACUUGAGAAAUCUCCAGAGGAAAAGCUCCUGCAAAGUGGAGAAAACACAGAUCCUUUUUCAAAGAUAAGUAACGGAGACACACCUCUGCAUAUCCCGGCGAAAAGGCCCCUGCAAAGUGGAGAAAACACGCAUUCCACAGAAAAGAAGGAUCCUUUUUCAGAGAUAAGUGAAGGAGACACAACUCUUCAUAUUGCAGCCAGGAAGAAAAACUUCAAUUGGGUUAAAGACAUCCCCCUUACGCUCCGUGAUAAAAUUUUGCAAUUCAUGGCUAAGAGGACUGAUUUUCUUCCUAUGGCAACAUGUCAAAAUAGUUGGCAAGAGCAAUUGAUUGCAAAAGUUGAAAAGCCUGAGGCGGCUACGCCGCAGGCAAUACACCCACCAGACGUUACACUCACAGGGCAGUCGCUUAGGGUACGCACUUCCUUCUCCGUGACAGGACACGCUCUCCUCCUCCUCCGUGACGGAACCGACGAUACGUAUUCCCCUUAUAGACACGGCAUCAUUCUAGUGUUGAAGGUAGCAACACAGAAAUUUGCUAUGGCAACUGAGCGUGAACAGGCCAGCAAAGGGAUCGAUCACGACGCGUACAAUGCUGCAGUAAGACCUGGAACAAAAAUCGAGAGUUACCAACUUAAGGCAGCUCUCGACAGUACUACACCUGGAGGGGAAAAUACUCUUCUCCAUUUAGCUGCUAGUGCAGGAAAUCUAAAGUUUGUUGAAAAGCUCCUACAGCUCAAUCGUGAACUUGUAAAGGCUACCAAUGCCCAAGGAAAUACUGCGUUGCAUUUGGCUGCUCAGGGAGGUUUCUCCAAAGUUGUGAAGGUUCUACUCCAACACCAACAAAUUGGCGUGAAUGUCCGAAACAAGCUUGGUGAAACGGUUCUGUUCAAAGCUUACGAGAGCGGCGAUUCAGACACAGUGGAGGCACUGUUAGCCGUAUGUCAGUCAAGUCUAUGGCAAAAAACGGAGGACAAGAGGACCUGCUUAUAUGUUGCAAUAAACAGAGGAGAUUCCGUUCUGGCGGAUCAUAUACUGGAGCUGUCAAAUGCAAAAGAUUUAAUCCAAGAAAAAUACAAACAAGGAGAUACAAUCUUACAUAUAGCUGUUGAAAGGAACGACGUGGAUAUAAUAAGGCGUUUAAUAAGGAUUGAACCCCAACUUUGCUACUCUGUCAAUGACAAAGAAGAAACUCCGCUAUGUGUGGCAGUGAAAUUGGGGCAUCGGGAAGCAGUACAAGAGUUAAUAGAGGGGAGGCCAGACGCCGUUGAAAUAUCAGCUAGGCGUGGAAUGAAUGUGCUUCACUUUGCUGCCCAAGUUAGCCAAGUGCGAAUUGUUGAUUACUUGAAUGAAAAGCUAGGUUUAUUAUACCUGGUCAACAAGGGAGUCGAAGAGCCUCCAAAGGAAAAGCUCCUGCAAAGUGGAGAAAACACAGAUCCGGCUGGAGAAACGGAUCCUUUUUCAAAGAUAAGUGAAGGAGACGAAUCUCUGCAAAUCGCCGCAAAAAGGCCCCUGCAAAGUGGAGAAAACACGCUUCCCGCAGAAAAGAAGGAUACUUUUUCAGAGAUAAGUGAAGGAGACACGCCUCUUCAUAUUGCAGCCAGGAAGAAAAACUUCAAUAUGGUUAAGUCGCUUCUCCGUAUACGGGGUAUAAACAGAUUUGCCCUUAACAAGGAAGGCUUAACGGCCCUCGAUAUUGUGAAAGAGAACACACAGUAUCACGAAUCUGACAAGAUAAUUUCAGUGCUGGCUAGUUAUCCUUCGAAGCGCAAGCCUUUCUUGUACAGCGCUCCAAAGGUGAGCGCAGAGAAACACGAGAUUGCUGUAAAGAUGGUGGACAAAACAUAUGAGGACAGGCGCAAUACAGAACUAGUGGUAGCAGUUCUGUUAGCGACAAUGUCAUUUACGGCGGCUUUCACUGUUCCGGGCGGUUUUGUGGAGGGAGGAGAAAAGGGAGAAGGCUCACCGCUUCUGCUUGGAUUAGACACCUUCAAGCUUUUUCUCAUCUUUGACUGCGUGGCAUUCUUUCUGUCGCUCUUCGUGGUGCUGAUGUGGCAGAUGAGUACACCAAUCACCACAGGAGAUAAAGUAUUGUUCCUCUGUGUCACCAAUCUAUUGGUUUGCGCCACUUUUGCCUUUACAGCGUAUGGCUUCAUGCUUGCAGUGUACGCCAUGCUUGCAGACAGAGCUCACAAGCUGGGUUGGGUCGUUCUUGGGUCGUGCUUGUUCAUCUGCUCCUGUGCUAAUUUCACUUUUUUCUACAUGGUUGCAAAAUUUUCUGUGAAGAAGGCCAGAUUCAACUACUUAAAUGGUCUACUUCCUUUUCUUACUGACUGGGUGGGGGAGUGGGUGUGGAAGAAACUAGAAAGAUGGGGGCUUUUGGACUAUGUGCGCCGGUCCAUAAGCAAGUGGCUUGCCUUUUUUUAUUGGGAUUGCCAUGAGCAUAUGGCUAAGAAAGAUGCUGUUGAGGAAGAUACGUCUCAGGAUGAGAAAGAAAUGGCUACGAGUAACGAAGGAAAAGCAUUCUCGGUGAUUCAUAAUGUUUGAAAAAAGUGCUUCUUAUAUAAGUCUAAUUUUUCUGUCAAAUUCCCCACGUUAAAACUUACCGGUCAAGUAUGUGUCUAGUGUUUGUUGCUCAUUAAUCUCAAUACUGGAUAAGCUGCUUAUAAUUAUUUUUAUUAUUGUAAUCUGUUUUGAUUAAUAAAAAAGUUAUGUGUGAAGUGUUCAAAGUUUAAAA